UUUGGAUGUAUUUUGAGGUUCCUUAGGGGACUGCAGGGACUUGUGGGAAGAUGACCUGAUUUCUAAUUUUCUCCUCUCCUGCCUGGGCUGUGGACUCGUCGCUGCUACAAACAGAGGAGCACCAUGAAGAGAGUAUGAUGGCAUGAACCGUGAUCUGUGUGGAAUAUGGCCUCAGACAUGGCUUAAAAUUGGAUUUUAUUUGGUGAUUUUGCAGGUGUGGAUGUGAGGUCGUUUCAGUAGACUGAGGUGAGCAGCCAUGGCUAACCUGCAGCAGGAAUACCCCGAGGUCCUUCUGGGGAUCCUGGAGGAGCUGGCCAAUAUGCGCCAGUGGCUCACCUUCCAGGACCUUUGUCGUAUGGUCAGCACCCGCUUCGACCUAGAGCACCUCAUUGAGCUCAGGAGUUUAUUGUUUGCUGCCGCGAGCCGGGACCCCUGUUUUCCAGCCACUCUUUUCAGAGACAGAGUCUCUACCAGGGGCCAGGGGCUUUCACCCAUAGGUGUCGCUGCUGACAUUGUAACAAUCUUCAAUCUAAUUCAGAUGACAGGCGGAGCUCCUGAUGAUAGCCACCCAAUGAGGACUCAGACUGUCCUCCCCGUGGAUCACUCCCCAGGCCCCAGUCUGCCCGGAGUCUACCAGCUGGACUUUACUGGACGAGAACGAGCACGUGCUUACUCUGAUUCUGGUGAAAGGCCUAUUGACCAGCACUUGCUCUUUCCAAGACCACGGUACUCAGCCCGCAAGCGAGCAAGUCUUCCCCCAGAUCCUAUUUCACUUGUGUCUUCCCCUCCGAUUAGGGCCAGAGCUGUUUCUUUUGAUUUGCCUCACACCACACAUUUGUAUCCAACUGGUCAAAUCCCUGACGAGAUCAUGAAGAACAUCUACCUACCUUUGGAGACGGACAGUGAAUCUAGCGGAGACUCAGCCCCAAUUGAUGUGUUUGAACCUGAACAAGGAUCAUCUGUUGACCAGAGGAGAAACAUUUUUAAAAAGGACUUUCAUAACCAGGCUCCUCUAAUACCCCAGGUGACCAUUAGCAGUGAAUCCCCCAGUCCCAGUGCAGGGAAGAAAGGCUUUGACAAUCACAGCUUUGAAUUGAUCCCCAAUCCAUAUCCUUCCCCCAUAGCCAUCUACCAGUCGCCAGAGCACCGGGUCAAACACGAGAGUCUUGAUGACCUGCAGGACUCUACUUACUUUGGACCUGGAUCAAUCCCAGAGUGGUCCCCCCGGCACCUCCAGCCUCCAAACAGGACACAGAAGUCCAUCUGGACUAACAAGAGUCACAGUCUAGAGGACCGGAUAGGUAUGGCCAGUGUUGGGAUGGGGAUGGAACCAAAAGGGGGGCAACUUCCAAGACGAUCAGCCCCUGUUAUCAGCAAACUUGGGGGGUCUUCAGGAGGUGACAGUGAGGAUAGUGGACUACCAAGUGGAGCUGAUGCAGUAAAAGCUCAGGGAACCCAGACAGAUCCACCAGACCCCCGGCGCCUCCGCAGUCUGGUUCAUGCCGACCGUCUGUCAUUCAUGACUUCAUUAGAUGACCCUGAGUUUGGUGAGGAUGACAUCAGUGCUAUCUUUCGUUUUUUAGACGACAUAAGCAUGUGCGGUUCAACAGGGGUCCUGCACCCCAGUGAUGGAUCAACAACUAUGAACCAGGACACCCCUGAAGCCAGACGUGGCCGCCUGGGUCAACUCCAAAGGCUUUUCCAUUCUCUAGAAAGCAGUGAUGAUGGGCUAAAGGCUAGUGUCUGUAAACUCUUGCUUCGUAUGAGUCAGAUUGAGAGACAACUAGAGUCACUGAAUGAUGUGAAAUCUGAGAUUUCACAGGUGUUGUCUGCUCUGCAGCGACUGGACGAAAAGAUCCAGCAGCCCCUCAGCGGUGCUGGACAAAGCACUGGGGGUCGAUGGCUAGAGCCUUUAAGUGGUGUAUCCUCCUUCAUGAGUCACCCUGUUACUCCUUCAGACUCAUCAGAUCCUCAGCCCCUCUCUGCAUCUGGGCAUCUGUUUCCAGGGACUAGCUCCAGUAGUCUGGACUGGAGCCGAUGGAACACUCCUGGGAUUCAAACAGAAAGCACCAAAGCUCACUCUGACUCUAAAGGGGCAAAAGAAGGGAAGAGGGAAGGGUCAACGCGCCGUACCUCAAAACCGCAGCCUGAAGAAAAAAGUGUCUCUGAUUCCAAACCGCCAAAUUUGUCUAACUCUGCAAGAGACUGGCCGGUGUCUUACUCAAAAAGUAAAGAAGGCAAAGGGUCACAUGGAAAACUGGGGCAGGAUCAGUCGAGCAGUACAACUAACCUACUUUCCCAAAAGCCCUCCAGCUUGGUGGAGCAAGUGUUUAACUCAUCCCUGUUUCGCCACAAGGAGAGCAGUCUGACAGGUGGACUCGCCUCUGGGAAGAUGAUAGACCCCAGGGUGGCUGAGGGACGAGGAAGGCCUAUUUGGACUGUAGACGACAGAGAGGCACGAAUCUCUCCUUUGGAUUUACAGGCUCAGGAGUCUAUGAAUCCCAACAACAUGGAGUUCUGGAUGGAUGACAUCUACACUCCAGGCUAUGAUGGUCUGUUGAGGCGCAAAGAAGCGAACCUCCGCAGGAUGAAGAUCUGCAAGCUGGUUGCACUUAUUUUAAUUGCGGUGACUAUAAUUCUCAUCAUCAUCAUUCCUAUUUGCACCGUGCGCUUGUGA